UAAAGAAUACACGACAGUACGACACUCGGCUAACCUAGCUUCAUCGUCACCCUCUGCCAAAGAAGCUCUUGUCUCUGUGUGUGUGGGUGUUUGCCGUUGCUGAGAUGAGCUCCAUUGGGGAUUUCAUGGCGACUUGGUUCACUUCCACGUGGCUCUUCGUCUUCGUCAACCUCACCAUCCUCACCCUCUACCUCACCUCGCAUUUCGGCUCUCAGAGAAAACCACAACAACAACAGGAGCACCAACUCGGUCGACCGCCGUCUCUGAUCGACCGAGUUAGGUCCUUCAACCUCGGUCUCUACAAGUUCGAGCAACCCAACACAGCCCCGGUCACGGAGUUUCUCCAACCCGAUCACGCCAACCCGGAUCAUCCUCCGACCCAGCUCGUCCGAUCUCCUUCUCUUUUGGAGCGCCUCAAAUGCUUCAACCUCCCCUCUCUCCACAGAUCUGACUCGUCCGUUCCGGAAACGGAACCCGAACCCGAAAACGAAGCCCCGGGUCCUAGCGUGGACGCCGACGCGGGCCCGGGUCAGGGUCAGUUGGUGAGACGGAGCAAGUCAGACAAGGGUGGCGCCGCUCCGGAGAGGCAGCGGGAGAAGAUUAAGAAGUCGGUGAGCGACACAUCGGCGCUGGAUGAGAACGACGUCGUGCCGCGUAGGGAAAAGGCGUCGUUGGGAGACGACGAAGAGGUGGACGCCAAGGCUGAUGAUUUCAUCAACAGGUUUAAGCAGCAGUUGCGGUUGCAGAGGCUUGACUCUCUUCUGCGUUACAGGGAAUUGCUCAAGGGGAAUUAGGAUUUUUCGUUGUCUUUUUUUUUUUUGUCUUUUUUUUUUUUCCCCUCUUUUGGACCAAUUAUACCCAUUAGUUGUUAAUUCUUCCCCUGGAAACUCUAUGGGUAGGUUGGUCAUUUCCGCUUUUGAUUACUGCUUAUUAGUGCUCUGCCAGGAAGGGGAAGAUUAUCAGACCAUGGUAAUGUAAAUUGAUUGAAUUUGGUGGGUUAUUCUGUCUUUGUACUUCUCCUGGGAUUAUUAGGGGUAAUGUAAUUAAAGAGCGAGUGAUUAUUAUCAGUUUGAUGUGUGUUUGAGUAA